GGCUCCUCUCGGGGGAGGAGUCGCGCUUCAUACAGGCUCCUGAGGCUUCCGCUGAAGAGACGGCGUUCCGAGGUUGAUAUCAGAGACACCUGUGACCUUGGCAAUCUGCACGUGACCCCAGCUGAGCUCCAGAAAGGCUGUGCACCCCCAGAAGGGCCACCGCGGGGGUGAAGGCUCUGCUGAGUCACAGGGCCAGACCCACCACAAUCUCGCUGACAGAGGCCAGGGGGCGGAGCGUGCUCUGAGCAGCUGGAAGGGAGCUGUGCCUGACCAGUCUUGGGGGAGGAGCUGCUUUCACCAGGCUGCAGCUGACAAGAAGCUUCAAGGAAAAAUAUCAGAGACACUUGUGACCUGGGAAAUUGGCACGUGAUAUCAUCUGAGGUCCAGAAAGACUGUGUACCCACAGAAGGGCCACACGGGGCGAAGGCUCUGCUACCACAAUCCCUGGCAAAGGGAUUGUCCCAAACAACGUGUUCAAGUACCUUUUGGAAACUGAGGUGGAGAAGAACAGUGCCUUCAAACUAACUUUUUGUUGUCAGAAAACAAAAGAGCAUUUGUUGAGAGUGUUGUUUUUGGUAGCACCUACAUUAGCAGUGACAGGGUUAGCUAGCCACCCCAACCACUGAUAAUAAGCAAUCGGUACACGGAUCUAAAUCAUAAUGGAUGCUGAGUAUGUCCUGUGCAAUUGGAAAGACCAGUUGUGGCCAGCAAAGGUUUUGUCCAGUUAUGAAACGUCACCAAACAGUAAGAGAAAAAAGACAUUUUCCCUAGAAGUUCAAAUACUCUCACUAGAAGAAAAAAUUAUAGUAGAUAGCACAGAAACAAAGCUCCUAAACAAAUCUCAGAUUGAAGCCAUUACCUCCUCACUAGCAGCGCAGUCAGAGGCUGGUGCUUCACCUAGGGAUGAGACAGCCUAUGGAAGAGCACUUAAAGUGGCACUGGAUAUUCUGAAUGAGAGACCAAAUUUGAGUGAAGCAAGCAUUUCAGGUGAAGAGGAGACUGCUACCCUGUCUGAAAAUGUGCCGCAAAAGCUGUCCGAUUCACCGCCUCAGAAGAAGUAUCGGAAGCAGGAAGGAGACUUACCCAAAUACCUCGAGGAAAGUGAAAACCCGGCAUCCUUGUUAGUAUCUCCAGAGAAUGAUUCCCUGGCUGAUGAUAAAUCACAGGUGCACACAACCAGCAGUAUUAUUCCAGGGGAAAUGGAAACAAAGCCAUUGCUAGACUCUAGCUGGGGCCAGACUUUCCCUUCACGUUCAGAAGAUGAAGAUGAAAAAGAAGACAAGAAAAAGAUCGAUAUUUCACUUAUGCCCAUUCAUUCCACAGUCAAAGAGGAGGAUGUAUAUGCUAAAGAAGAGAAAUGUCUUCCAGAUCUGCCAUCAGAUACUGUCUUUACACCCAAAGCUUUGAAAGAGGAGCCACAAGACGUGUGCCCAGGGCCCCUACCUGUUUCCUCUGAAUGUUCUAGUUUCUCAGAGAAUAUUGAAGAUCCAGGUGAAGGUCCUUCUAAUCCGAAUCCAUGCUUAGAGCCCAGCCAGAAUCAGCCUUCUGUAGAAUCUGAAGUGGGUGCUACAACAUCCACUGGGAGUUGUUCAUGGGAAGAGCAGGUCUCUGCUAGUGCCCCUAACCCUGCCCUUGCCUGUUCACUUGUUGCAAAUAGAGAAAGGAAUCUUGAGAGACUGGAUUUUGAUGAUCUUGAGGAAUUUCAGGCUUCUGACAAGUCAUUGCACCUAAAUUCUAUCAUUGAUUCCAUAUUAGCUGAUGAUGAGGAAGAAGAAGAACUUCCACGCUUCAUUUUUCAAUACGAGAAACGUUCCUUUGAAACAGGAAUGAUAGUCUGGUUUAAAUAUCAAAAAUAUCCUUAUUGGCCAGCAGUGGUAAAAAGCAUCAGGCGAAAAGAAAGGAAAGCAAGUGUGCUUUUUGUUGAGGCAAACAUGACUCCUGAAAAGAAAGGCGUGAGAGUAUCCUUCAGAAGAUUAAAGAAAUUCGACUGCAAAGAGAAGCAAACACUAGUGGAUAAAGCCAGGGAAGAUUACAGUGAAAGUAUUGACUGGUGCAUCUCACUGAUUUGUGACUACAGAGUUCGAAUAGGUUGUGGUUCUUUCGCAGGCUCUUUCUUUGAGUAUUAUGCUGCUGAUAUUAGCUAUCCAGUUAGGAAAGUAGUCAAACAGGAGACCUUCCGGAAUAUAUUUCCAAAGCUGUAUAAUGAAGAUGCUGUGGAACACAUGACUGUGACUUCUCAGACCAAGAAAAUGUCCUUCCAGAAAAUUCUUCCUGACCGAAUGAAAGCUGCACGAGACCGAGCCAACAAAAACCUUGUGGACUUCAUUGUGAAUGCAAAGGGAACAGAAGACCAUCUUCAGUCCAUUUUAAAUGGCACAAAAGGAUCCAGAUGGCUGAAAUCAUUUUUGAAUGCAAAGAGAUUCUCGCCCUGUAUUGAAACAUACUUUGAGGAUGACGAUCAGUUGGAUGAAGUGGUGAAAUAUUUACAAGGAGUCUGCAAUCAAGUAGAUGAAAAAAUGAUGAGUCUCAUAAAACAUGAUAAAAUUAAAUUUAUCCUGGAAGUCCUUCUACCAGAAGCAAUUAUUUGUUCAAUCUCAGCUGUUGAUGGGUUAGAUUACAAAGCAGCAGAAGCAAAGUAUCUAAAAGGACCAUCUCUAGGCUAUAGGGAAAGAGAAUUAUUUGAUUCAAAAAUCUUAUUUGAAAAGAGACGGAAACCAUUAACAAAGGAAGCUCAUUAAAUCUCCUGAGAGUCCAAAUCAUAACAAUAUGCUUUCAUAGAUAUUAUUUCUUUGAAAAAUCUCUGAAAAUUCUCUACAUUUCUGAGAACUGGAGACUUUGAGUAAUGUGGUUUUUUUUAUUUUUAUCUCUGGGAUCUGUGGGUAUCAUUACAUCUUCACUUCCUUUGGUUAUGCUUUCUCAAAGUCAAUUUUGCCAGCAUUUCAGCAAUUUACUUUUCCAUACAUUUUUAGAAUGCAUAGUGCAUAAAUGAUUUUUAAGGGAAAGUACUAUUUGGUUUUAUGAUAUUUUUGUUUCUAUGGUGUAUAGGUAAAUACAAUGUGCACAGUCAUUUUAAUAUUACAAUUGCACUGGUAUUAGAUAUUAAGCAAGAUAAUUAGAAAAAAGUCUAAGAAACAGCACUUAUAUAUUUUUUGCUUUUUAUAAGAUAUUCAGUUUUCUCUUAAGAUAGUUGAAUUAUUUUUAUUGCUAUGCCUAUUUAUUUUUGGAAAAAAAAAUCUCUGAGACCUAGAACCAAAGAUAGAUAAGCUUUGCUAUAUAUUAUAAUUAACUAGAAUUGCUUUUGCAAAAAAAUCUGAAAUACAAAAAAUGAAUUAUUUGCAUGUAGUCUAUACAUGUGUGAAUAACAUCUCAGCAUGCAGAAAAUAAUUCUGACAGCCUUGAACCUUGAGCGGGAUUGUUCAUUCUAUACUUCCCUGAAAUUUCAUUUUGGGGAGUCUCUCCUUCAAAGGCUAAACACUUUCUUGAAAUGAACAGGCUCCUGGCUGUCUCCAUAACUAUGAGUGGAUCUUCUCAAUGUAGUUCUCUGACCACAUGUAGAAGGCAGCUAGAGUCAUUGUAUUCAGGACCUGGCCAACCUAGUUAUGUGAGCUAGGGUGACUGCUUAUGAGCCCAUCUAGUUUUAUAUAAACUGUAGAAAAAGCAAGUGCCAUGUUCCAAGUCUUUUAUCUCCAAAUAUGUCUCAAACCAAGCAAGCUUUUUUAUCUGACUUCUCCAUAGAAUAGUUCCAACUCGUUCCAAUAAUGUAAACACCAACUUAUAAAUCAUUCCACACUACUAGCAGUUGUAGACGGACCAGAAUAUGGGAACUUAGAAUAAAGUCACAGAAAAUGCCUCCAUUUGAAUAAAUGUGACAGUAUUCCAAAUAUGGUUAAAUAUAAACCAUUAAAAUCUGAAGCCAAUGGAUCAUUUAUUUUUGCUUGAAACAGAUUUUUGUGAGAAUAAAUGUUAGGAAAGCUAGUUUAUUUUAAAAACUUGAUGGUAAAAGAAAUGCUGAAGGCUUAACAUGCACCUGUCUUUAUUUUGACCACUUAUAAUGAGACAUCUGUCACCUUGGGGCUCUUUUUAUGCGUUCAA